GAUACACACUUGUUUAUUUUAAACCUGAAUGAGUUCGUACUGAGGACAGUUUUGUUUUAUCAGUCAGUCCCGAGUCCUCAGUCAGGACUCAGCCUUCUCAUUUAAAGAUAGACAGAACAGAGAAUCAGCUACACAUCUGUGUUAAUGAAGAGCUCUUACAGUGUACAGCACCAGACAGGUGAAGUGCUCAGGCUGUCAUGAUGAAGACGGAGCAAUACUCCACCGUCCCCAGCAAAGACACACAUGUUGACAUUAUCAAUAUCAAAGGCAUUGAGGACAUUGGCUACGUGCAGCAGGAUGCCAUUUUUCUGAAUUCUCUGACUCCGGAUGAAAGCUCACGCUGUAGUUUUGGUCUGUACUUCCAAGAUGGAGAGCGGCGUGUUGAUUAUGUCCUCACCUACCAGAUCAAAAAGCCGAGCAGUUCACGCCGCCACUCAUCCCGUUUCACAGACAACGCGUUCACGCGCAGCCUGCGCCGGGCACGCAACCCUGAACCGGGUGUCAGUGAUCACCAUGAUGACGACAAGCACUUACGGCGUGAGGAGUUCGAGACCAAUCUGCGGGAGAUGGGGCUCGAGCUGGAGAGGAAUGAGGACACUAAGACCCCUGGCGUGGGCUUUGUGAAGAUUCACGCUCCGUGGCAUGUUCUUUGUCGAGAAGCAGAGUUCAUGAAGCUCAAAAUGCCAACAAAAAAAGUGUAUGAGGUGAAGCGCAGCGGAAGCAUCAUGGAGAAAAUCAACACGUUCAUUUCUAAAGUGACGGAUCCUCUGCACCCAAACGUGAAGGAGAACCGGAUAGAGAAUGUGAAGCACCUCUCGUACCCAUUCUCCAGAGAGAAACAGCACCUGUUUGAUUUGAUGGACAGGGAUUCGUUUUUUGACAGCAAGACAAGAAGUUCAAUCGUGUUUGAGGUUUUGAAGAGGACAAAAUGCACCAAGUCAAAGUUCAGUAUGGGAAUAACAAGUCUUUUGGGCAGCGGUGCAUAUCUGGCUGCAUACCCACUGCAUGAUGUUCAUGAUUCAGUGUGUGUUUCCUUACAGGGUGAUAUCGACGGAGAACAUGCACAACCAAAUGACAGAAAACUGCUGUAUGAAGAGUGGGCGAGUUACAGUGUUUUUUAUAAAUACCAACCUAUUGGCCUGAUCAGGAAGUAUUUUGGGGAGAAGAUUGGUCUGUACUUUGCCUGGCUGGGAGUUUACACUCAAAUGCUGAUUCCUGCCUCUCUGGUGGGAGUGUUUGUGUUUCUGUAUGGCUGUGUUACCGUUGAUGACGACAUCCCCAGUAUGGAGAUAUGUGAUGGCAGGAGAAACAUCACCAUGUGUCCUCUGUGUGAUGGAGUUUGUGGUUUUUGGAAUCUGAGCACAGCGUGUGCAACAGCGAGAGCCAGUCACCUGUUUGACAAUCCAGCCACCGUCUUCUUUUCCAUCUUCAUGGCACUGUGGGCGGCAUUCUUCAUGGAGCAUUGGAAGCGGAGGCAGAUGCGUUUGAACUAUGAAUGGGACCUGACAGGAUUUGAGGAGGAGGAGGAUCACCCGAGAGCUGAGUACGAGUUCAGAGUGAUGCAGAAAUCCCUCAAGAAAGAACAGAAAAAAUCCAAAAAGACAGAGAAAGUGAAGCUGACCUGUAAAGACAGAUGUCCUGCUUAUAUGACAAAUUUAGUGAUGAUGCUUUUAAUGAUUGGUGUGACGUUUGCUAUCGUCUUUGGUGUGAUUUUGUACCGAAUUUCCACCACAUGGGCGCUGCACAUGAGCUCAAACCCAACAACUCGCUCCAACGUUCGUCUCACUGUCAAAGCCACAGCAGCCAUCAUCAACCUGGUGGUGAUCCUCAUCCUGGAUGAGGUGUAUGGUGCCGUAGCGCGCUGGCUAACGACACUCGAGGUGCCAAAAACAGACAAAAGCUUUGAGGAACGACUGAUCUUCAAAACGUUCAUCCUAAAGUUUUUUAAUGCAUUUACUCCAAUUAUAUACAUCGCCUUCUUCAGAGGGAGGCUUGUUGGUCGUCCUGGUAGCUACAUAUAUGUCUUUCAGUCCUACCGCAUGGAGGAGUGUGCGCAUGGCGGUUGUCUGAUGGAGCUUUGCAUUCAGCUCAGUAUCACCAUGUUGGGAAAACAACUAAUUCAGAACAACCUAUUUGAGAUUGGCAUUCCUAAACUGAAGAAGCUGAUUCGCUACAUUAAGUCAAAACGUAGUGCAUUUCAGGAGGAGGAGCGAGAAAAAACACUGCAGCGCUAUGAGACCGACUUUUUCCUUGAACCGUUUUCAGGCCUCACACCAGAGUACAUGGAGAUGAUUAUCCAGUUUGGCUUUGUUACACUGUUUGUGGCAUCAUUUCCAUUGGCACCACUUUUUGCUCUGCUCAACAACAUCAUUGAAAUCCGUCUUGAUGCUAAAAAGUUCGUAGCAGAGCUCCGGAGGCCGGUGGCAGCACGAGCGAAAGACAUUGGUAUCUGGUACAACAUUCUCAGAGGUGUGGCAAAAAUUGCAGUUAUUGUCAAUGCCUUCGUCAUCUCCUUCACCUCUGACUUCAUCCCCCGGCUGGUGUAUCAAUACAUGUACAGCACUGACGGCUCCAUGCACGGCUUUGUUAAUCACACACUCUCACACUUCAAUGUCAGUCACUUCCAGAAUGGCACAGGGCCUGUGGACUCGCUCUACGCCGGCUGUCAGGUGGAAAUAUGCAGGUAUAAAGACUACAGAGAACCUCCAUGGUCGUCGACUCCAUAUCAGGUCUCUAAAGAGUUUUGGGCUGUUUUAGCUGCCAGACUCGCUUUUGUCAUCGUCUUUCAGAAUGUGGUGAUGCUGAUGAGCGACAUUGUUGACUGGAUCAUCCCAGACAUCCCUAAAGACAUCAGCAUUCAAAUCCACAAGGAGAAGAUCCUGAUGGUGGAUCUGUUCAUGAAGGAGGAGAAGGGGAAGAACUUCACCAUUGGAGAUGAUAAAGCAAAAGAAAACAACUUGAAACACAGUCCUGUCUUCCACCCAAGACCGCUCACACAUACUCAGAGCAACUGCUACUAACAUGUGUACAUAUGUGUGUGUGUGUCAUGACAUUCCACAGAUUACUCUUACAUUGGUCUUUGGAGGAUUUUGUUAUUUAUAAAUUACAUUAAUGAAAUUGAUAACCAACCAAUCACAUUUCAUCACAAUCACCAUGCGACUUUCCCUGUAAUUAGUGAGAUGAAUUGAUAAUUGGUAACUGGUAUUCUUUUUGUUGCUACAAGACAGAGUAACACAUCCAUUUUUGCUUUUGCAGCACCUUUGGACAGUUCCCCUUGGUUGAAGCCCCUUAUCAGCCAGCUGAAGGGUCAUUAAGGGUUUUUGAUGAGGAAUCAAGGUGACACCAGUGUAGAGUUUAGGAGCUGUACCACAGGAACAUCCUUAUUUAUUCAUUCAUCUUCACUAACCGCAUUAUCCUGAGCAGGGUCGUGGUUCAACAUGUGAGAAAACAUCCUUAUCUUAAGACUUAAAUGAAUAGGUUACAAGUAAAGGAAUGAACUUGACAUUAUAGAAGGAAAUCAUGUUCUAGUAUAGGAAUUAGAUCUUAUUUCUCUUGUGUUUUUCCAGCAACUGCUGAGAUUCACGUAAACAAACUCAUCAGAUACGGUUAAACAUAUCGUUGCUUUUGUGAUGCAACUUUGGCAACUCUGUCCAUUGCACAUACAUGACAAAUAUUAGUCAUGUUUCACAUGAAAUAGAUUUAACAAACUUUUGUUAAUUGUCCAAAUGUUACAGCUGUCAAACCUGUCAUUUAUAAGAAAAAAUAGAAUAUCAAUGCAAUGAACACUUUUACAUGAUGAUAUUUCUGUAGACCAGUGUUUUCAUUACAGCAAAACUAAUAAAAAAUGAAUCCUCUUUUGUGUUCGACUGACAAACAUCUGAAUAGAGUGAAGUUGCAUUUACUAAACUUCUGAAAUGUUAUCCUGUAAUAGCUAAAGUUCAGAUGUUGCCAUGAUUACUAAAAAGAUAAGGUUUGAGAGUUGUUUCUCGAUGUUCCUGUCACACAGCUCAUAAAGUACAAAUUGAGCCUCCAAAAAGGAGUAAACAAAAGCAAUAAAACAGUCCAUAUUUAAAGCCAAGUUCAGAUUUGGGUUUUAUUUCACAUGAUGCUGCUGUACUCAGCUAGUAAAUUAGCCAUGUUAGCAGAAGUUGGCAAGGGUAAGUUAAAAACUUGAUUAAAGAACAUAGUUGGGUUGUGUAGAAGAGAAAUACAAAAGAUUUAUGUUGAUUUAUAAAAUCCAAACCUCAACAGAUCAAAUUACAGCUUGUAUAAAUGACAAAGUCCUCACUCCAGAUUGAACUAAAGUUAAACUGUGAGUCCACCAACACUGUGGACCACAAAACAACUCAUUUCUCUGUUUAUUUCUAUAUAAUCAGAGAUGUUUAAUAUUUAAUCACAGAGCUGUUCACAUCUGCUUUACAAGUGUAUUGGAGUUUUUAAUUGUGACCUUUUUUGAGAUUUUAAUGUUAGUGGAGCUUCUGUUGUCCAUUUCACACAGGUUCCUAUUUUCUGUUUAUCAGCUUUGCAUUGAGUCCUUCUCUCAGUGGGCUAUUUUUUUAAAUUAACUGAAUGGACAUGCAAACACAAGUCAAAGUGAGAUGUGUUAAAUAUGUAGUUAAUACAAUGAUCCUGAGGUGUAAUCAGUGCCCAUUGUAUGAAUUUCAAGCCAGAAAUAUGGCAGCAGUUUUUAAUUUAAUUUAAUUUUUUAUUAAGAGGUGUCCAAACAGCUGGUUUCUUAUACAAUCUGGAUCAUAUAUUCAGCCAAGAAUAAAAUGUCUACAAUGUCCCUUCAUCCCAAAUGAUGAGACAUGUUCACUGUUUGAAAUUUGCUUAUUAAACU